UCUACCUCGCAGCCUGAGCCUAACAAGAGAAGCUGGUGUGGAGCACUCGAUCCGCUGGGACUGUAUGCGCAGUGCGCACGGAGCCGACCACAUCCCGUUCUAAAUUAAAUUAUCUACCAGAGGCCCACAGCGCACAUAAAAGGAGGCUAUUUUUUGUUCCAGCUGAUCAAAAUGCCGCGAAGUGAAUUCAACGUCCACUUUGCGAGCAGAGGACGCGGUGGACAUGUUCGGGCAGAGGAAGCCCUUGGUAUCGCACUUCUUGUGAUUAUUUUGGCGGCCAUUCUCAUCUUGGGAUGCUACUACUUCAGUAAGAGGAGAGGCUACAAAAUCAUAAGGAAUCCAAACAGGUCCAUGCCAUGGUCGUCCAACUCUGGCCAGUACAGUGAGGAGGCAGGCACUUCAGCCGACAACAAAUUCCCACUGCGCGACCUCAGUCACCUGCACCCCGUGGUACCGAACGCACCUCCUGCCUAUGAGAAGAUAGCUUCAACUGCACCCCCUCCACCCUACUCACCUUGAAAUGGGAGCCUUACAUGGAAAAAAAAAUCCAUUUCAAAAGUACUGUUGUAGAAGGAAAAAUAUUAAGUAAUAAUAAGUAAAAAGGAAAUCAUUUUGUUCAACAUUUACAUUGAAUAUAUUUGACAUAUUUACUGUUUAUAUAUCUAUUCUUUUUAUUGUGUUUUAUGGCAUCUUGCAUAAGUUUUGCAGUUUAUACAAACUAUCUGGUGAUGUUCGCAUCUUUAAUGUUUCUCAUUUUAAGUCACUUAUUUGGUCAUGAUGCUCCCCCAGUAAAGACUGGUAGACAGAGUAAUAGUUUUUGAGUGAAACGGGGGGAAUAGAAAGGUGACACUCGUGACAGAACCUGCCUAAUGUUUGUGGGUGGAACGAAGAUGGUUGACAAAAAAUAAAUAAAUGCUAUUGUGACCAAUUAAUCCUUCAUCUCGAUUUCAAGUGUCUUCAACUGUGUUUCAAUUUCUGGGCAUCAAACAAUCAGAGAAGAGAUGAGGACCAUCAUUGUGCAAUGAAAUGAAUAUCUCAAUUUAGGGACAACAAAGUUCGCAGUUAUUCCCUGACUUGUCAAAGCAUCACAAUUCUAAAAAGCCCUUUUAAUGACGUGUGAGUGAAAAAAAAAAAAAAAAACGAGGGUUUCUUGUGCCCACCAGAAGCUAGUUUCAAGUGCACACGUGAAAGUUUCUGGUGCCCACUAGGAAGGUUCUGGUGGACACGAGAAACACUUGGCUAUUCUUUUUUAACCGUCACGUCACUUUAAGGGCUCGGUACAUUUCCACAUCUGUAAUAUCAUCACAUUUUUUAGGACCAUUAGAAACCAUAGGUUUUUGUCAAUGUCAUGAUGGGCCACAAGUGUCUUUAGAGCAUGUGUUUUCAACAUUUUCUGGUGUACGUACUGUAUACUUUAUUUAGGUAAUUUUACUGAGCAUUGAAAUACUUGCAAUAAUGUUUGAAUACAAAACAAUUUUAUUUCAAAUGCAACAAAGACUGCAAAAUAUUGCAGGUGGUGCAAAAAUAUCCACAGUAUUUUUUAACAACAAAAAAGGUAAUAAAUAACUGAACAGCAUUUAGUGACUUGGAACUUUGAGGCGCAUACUGUUACAUAAGUCAUACACCGCUUUUUUGAUUUGUGUACUGGACUCGAGAUAUUCUGAUGUGAAAAAGUUGUGUGUAAAAGCCAAAUUAAUCAAAAUCAUUUUCAGUAAAAACAGAGAACGUGUAGUUGAGUUGUGUGUUAAUUAUUUUCAUCAUUACAUUGAAGUAGCGCUCCAAGUACACUAACAUAUUGUUACACAUACUUGGCAUAAACAAAACAAAAAACUUGGACUAAUUUGAAAUAAUCAGAGUUAACAUUUGAUUUAUGAAAUACAGAACUCUUAAAACCAGCUUUUCCAAACGUGUCAGUAGGCACUUGAUUUGAGGUGAUUUUUUUUUGUUUUUUGCUUCAAGUCAGGGGUGCAUUUCUCGAAAGCGUAGUUGUUAGCCUGGUAGCAACUUGGGUAGUUUCCAAUGGGAAAUUACAUUAAAAACGAGGUUAGCAACUAUGGCCUCUAGAAAUGCACCCCAGAGUUG